AUGCAGGCGCGUAAGAAGUAUGUUCUCCUGGCUCUGUGUGCGUGCUGCUGGCUGCUGCUCUUCUACUGGGGUGGGCUCCAGGAGCGGCUGUUGGGCCUUCUUACGUUAACGCGAAGGCCCGGCGAGGUACUCCGGCCCUGGCCCGACUGGCUGGACCGGGCGCUCCUCCCUCCCUAUGCUGAGCUCGGGGAGCUGCAGCUGGGGGGCGGGCCCGGGGAGUCGCCGCGGCAACGGCGGCAAACCUGGGCCGGCGUCUACAAGGGGAGCCGCUGCCGCAUGGAGACGUGCUUCGACUUCAGCCGCUGCCGGGGUCGCGAGGGUUUCCGCGUCUACGUUUACCCGCCCGAGAAGGGCGACCGCGUGUCGGAGAGCUACCGCAAGAUCCUGACCUCGGUGACAGAGUCACGAUACUACACGGCAGACCCACGGGAGGCCUGCCUGUUCGUGUUGGGCAUCGACACGCUCGACCGCGACCAGCUGUCGGCACAGUUCGUACCUGACGUGGACGACCGUAUCCGCGGUUACCCUCUAUGGAAUGACGGACGCAACCACGUGAUAUUCAACCUGUACUCUGGUACCUGGCCCAACUACACAGAGGACCUGGGUUUCAGAGUGGGCCAGGCAAUCCUAGCUAAAGCCAGUCUGAAUGUAGAACACUUCAGGCCAGGUUUUGAUGUUUCCAUUCCGUUGUUCUCCAAGGAACAUCCACAGAAAGGCGGUGAACGAGGUUGGCUUCUACGCAACACUGUCCCACCGCGUCGCAAACACUUGCUAAUGUUCAAGGGCAAGCGUUACUUGACCGGAAUAGGUUCGGACACACGCAAUGCCCUGCACCACAUUCACAAUGGUAAAGACAUUGUCUCCCUCACCACAUGUCGCCAUGGCAAGGACUGGGAGAAGCACAAGGAUGCCCGGUGUGACCAUGACAACCAGGAGUAUGAGAGGUUUGACUAUCAGGAACUUCUCCACAAUUCCACCUUCUGUCUGGUUCCACGUGGCCGUCGGUUAGGCUCGUUCCGUUUCUUGGAGUCUUUGCAGGCGGCCUGCAUCCCGGUGCUGCUUAGUAACGGCUGGGAGCUACCUUUUUCUGAGGUGAUCCAGUGGAACCAGGCAGUCAUCGAGGGAGAUGAGAGGCUGCUGCUACAGGUACCGUCAACAGUGCGGGCAGUGGGCUUUGACCGGGUUCUUGCUCUGAGACAACGUACACAAAUGCUUUGGGAGGCCUACUUCUCGUCUGUUGACAAGAUUGUGCUCACCACACUGGAGAUCAUUAAGGACCGUGUGUACUCCCACAUCUCCCGAAACAAGUUCAUGUGGAACUCGCUUCCUGGUGGCCUGCUGAUCCUGCCUGAGUACUCCACUCACCUGGCUCACUACCCCUUUUACUACCUGAAUCUGGGAAUCAGCCCCGGGCAGGAGUUUACCGCUGUCAUUCACGCCACGUCCCCACUGGUCUCCCAGUCCCAGCCAAUCAUGAAGCUCCUCCAGGUGGUGUCCAAAUCGAAGUACUGCUCCCAGAUAAUCAUCGUGUGGAACAGCGAGAAGCCGCCCCCUCCACGCAGCAAAUGGCCUCCGAUGCCAGUCCCCCUCACGGUCACAGACGGCAGAAGAAAAACGAGCAGUCGUUUCCUACCCCACGUCGCCAUCGAGACCGAGGCAGUGCUAAGUCUGGAGGAGGACACGGUGCUCCUCACCAACGAGGUCAACUUUGCCUUUAACGUGUGGCGGAGUUUCCCAGAGAGGAUUGUGGGAUAUCCUCCCAGAAGUCAUUUCUGGGACCCUGUCAAGAAAGUGUGGGGCUACACUUCCAAAUGGACCAAUGAGUACUCCAUCGUUCUGACCGGAGCAGCCUUCUACCACAGGUAUUAUCACCAUCUGUUCUCUCAGUACCUGCCUUCCUCUUUACGAACAAUGGUAGAUCGGAUGUCUAACUGUGAAGACAUCCUGAUGAACUUUCUGGUGUCUUCCGCAACUCACCUGCCUCCCAUCAAAGUGGCCCAGAGGAAACAAUACAAAGAUGUGCCUGUUCCACAGAGCACGAAGACAGCACCGUGGGCAAACCCCGAGCACUUUUCACAGAGGCAGGAGUGCGUGAACGCCUUUGCCAGCUGGUUCGGAUACAUGCCCCUGGUACAUUCGCAGUUCCGCCUGGACCCGGUGCUUUUCAAGGACCACGUGUCAGUCCUGCGCAAGAGGUACAAAGACCUGGAACGCGCCUGA